AUGAGCUAUCCUGGUGCAGCCCCGCCACCACCAGGUGUCGCUGCCGAUAUCGACGACCCUCAGGACGUGCUGCGAACGGUCAACUAUGUUACACAAGCGUUAACACUACUCUUUACGACAGCGUUUGUAGUAACUCGCUUCUAUGCUAAAUCACAAAUAUUGGGCGGAGGUGUCACAGUGGAUGACUAUGCAACGUAUACAGCAUAUAUAUUAAUGGUUGGGUAUUGUAUUACCGCCGUCUUCGCUUCAUCACAUGGCGGCGGACUAAACCAGUGGGAGGUUCGCAAAGAAGAUAUUCAGCCAUUCUUCCAGUCCGGCUACGCAGUCACCCUUUUCUAUGCCCCAAUGGCCUUGACGGUCAAACUUGCAUUGCUCGUCAUCAUCAUCAGAGUCUUUGGAACAGUACACAAGAAGACCUUAAUAGGCGUAUAUGUUCUCAUUGGCCUACUUGUCGUCUACUAUGUGUCCGGCUUCUUCAUCAAACUCUUCAUCUGUUGGCCGAUUUCAGCUUAUUGGAGAGGCGAGCACGACAAGUGCAUGAACCAAAGCGCCGUCAUUACUUCAGAUGCAAUUAUCAGCAUGCUCAGCGAUUUGAUAAUUCUUCUACUUCCCACGCCGCUCACUUGGUCGCUCCAGCUGCCAAGAAGACAGAGACUGCGUGUUAGUGGUCUUCUCUGCGCAGGAGGUAUUGCCACUGCAUUCAGUGUUUAUCGCUUGGCCCUCAUUGUUCGUGAGCGCAAUAGCACCAAUCAAACAAUUGUGUUUACUCAAGUCCUUCUUUCUGGCAACGCCGAGGCCGGCAUUGGACUUAUUUGCGCUUGCUUCCCAGCCGUAAAUGCGCUAUAUGUUCAAAAGACCCGGGGCUCGUCUUACUUCAAACAGAGCCGUUCCAGACAGGCCAGCUCUAAGCAGACCCAGUCCCAUGGCGGCGAGAUUAUGCUGACAAGGACUUUCCAUGUUGAUACGUCCAGUGCAAAUUACGAAUCACAAAGCAUUGGAAAUGACGAGUCGGAAUUGGUUUCGAAACAGCCACAUAUCACUAUCGGAGACAAGCGUGAUCUCAAAAGCUUGUGUGAGGCCUCGAAGGCUCUUUAUGUUCUAGCAGCGGCGCGUCUUUAUGGUACACAUGAAGUCCUCCUACGAGCUCCCGACGAGCAUUAUUUGGAUGAGGUGGAGGUGGAAGGGUUACUUCGAGCUGCCGAACGAUCGAGCGACCUCCGGGCACGUGUAACCAACCUACGGAUAUCAGCCCCGUUUUCUGAAAGAUUAAGGCUCCGCUGCGUGCACGAUGACGUUGACGAUGAGGAGGUGCAUAUGACAAUGGACCACGAUGAUAACGGACAAGAUCGCUCUUCGCUGCAGCUGCUUGGCAGUCGCAUUUUGCCCAUUUUGCAGAAGCUCCAAGAUGGAAGACUUCAGAAAUUCAGCUGGGACAUGGGCGUAUGCGUCCCUCAACAGCUUCUCGGACAACGUGGCUAUGUCCUAACCCAUCAGAGUCGCAUUCAGCAUCUCCGCCUCGUGACAGACUAUGGCAGGCUAUAG